AGGACUGGCGGGAGAGUUCUUCCCCUCCCUUCCCGGCUCUUCCUCCUCCCCGCUGGGCGUGCCUUGGGAGCGCCUUCUGCCGGAUCCGCCUGCGGCCAGAGCAGGGCGAGUGAGUGAACGUCUGCCUGCUGGCGAGGCUGGAGGCGCUGCGGGCACCAGGCGGAGAGGGCCGAGGGCCUGCCUCCUCCUCCCAAGCGGAGCCCCGGCGCCCUCGGACUGGCGGGGAAGGGUCCGGGCUUCCAGGCACCAGGGGACAAUGAUAUCUGCCUUGUGGUGGGCUUGUUGGAUCUCUUUGACAUAUUCUUCACUCAGCUUUUGUGUAGCCUUUCCCACCUAUGUUCCUGUAGGAGAGCCUUAUGUUAUUCGCUGUCCGAGAAGAUCCUUGCCAUCUAACUACAGUCUGACCUGGUACAUAAAUGGUAGUGAUAUACCCAUAACAACAAAUAACAUCUCCAGGAUCCAUCAACGUGGAGACUUGCUUUGGUUUGUUCCUACAAUCCUAGAAGAUACAGGAAGCUAUCAAUGUGUCAUCAAUAAUGCAACAAAAAGAAACAAGGACAUUGAGGUGGUCCAGAACGAUGAUGGUUUAUGUUUUAAUAGCAAAACAACUUACCCACAAAAAGUGGCAUUGAGUAAAACCAGACAGUUGAUUUGUCCUGAUCUUGAUGAUUUUGAAGAUAAAGAUAGUUCACUUGUCAUACAAUGGUACAAGGCAUGUAGUCCUAGAUUACUUAAAGGUGAUCGAUACUGGGCUUUUGAAGGAAGUUUCUUUAUUACCAAUGUAACUAAAAAUGAUGAAGGAAUAUAUAUAUGCCGGGCAAACUAUACUUAUAUGGGAAAACAAUAUUAUGUUUCACGACCCAUUAAUUUAACUACCUAUGAUUCACCACCAGAAGGACCAAUAGAGAUCCUAUAUCCCAAAAAUCAUUCAAUUGAAGUAGAACUUGGCGCCAGUAUUUCCAUCAAUUGUACUGCCUCAAGAGGCUUGAGCAAAGAUGUAUUUAUAGAGUGGAAUUUCAGUGGUGAACAACCCGAGGAUUAUUUGAGCACAUAUGAAAAAUAUAAGAAAAAACUGCCUGAAAAAUGGAUAUCGGUCAUAAGGUUUAAUAUAUCAAAAAUGAAGGCUAACAACUAUGGAAGAUAUUCCUGUGUUGCAGAUUCUUUUGGCACAGACCAACGAGUAGCAUAUGUCAUGCUACAUCGGCCGGCGCCAAACUUUCAAGGUUAUUUGAUUGGAGGACUCGUUUCAGCACUAUUUGUUAUCCUGGCAGCUCUGCUCACCUACAAGUUUUUCAAAGUGGACAUUGUUCUCUGGUACCGUGAAUCUUACCAGACUGCUUUCCGGGAAAGAGUUUCAGAUGGGAAGCUCUAUGAUGCAUAUGUGUUGUACCCCCGAAGUAUAACAAACUGUGCAUAUUCAUCAGAUAUCUUUGUCCUGAAAGCACUGCCUGAAGUCUUAGAAAAACAGUGCGGCUAUAAGCUUUUUAUAUUUGGAAGAGAUGAUUUGCCAGGGCAAGCUGUGGUUACGGUUGUUGAUGAAACUAUCAAACGAAGCAGAAGAGUGAUUAUUGUGUUAGUUCCUGGUUCAUCACCUUACGGCAUUCAGGAAGUAUCCUCUGAGCAUGAAAUUGCAGUGUAUAGUGCUCUUAUUCGAGAUGGAAUUAAAGUAAUACUGAUUGAACUAGCGAAAAUAAAAGACUACAGCAACAUGGCAGAAUCUAUCAAAUACCUUAAAAAGAAACAUGGAGUACUCACAUGGCAAGGAGACUUCUCAGCCAAAUCCCAAAUGGCAACAACAAGGUUUUGGAAAAAUGUGAGGUACCAGAUGCCAACAAAUAAAAUUUCUCCUUCCUUAGAUCUUCACUUCUGGCCUGUGAUACUCAACUCUUCUCAGAUCUCAGAUGGAUGAUACCAAGGCCACUUGUGUUGUGUAGUACAAUGGAUAUAAUGAGGAUUGGAUCCUUCAUGUGUGAACAUAUUUCUGAUCUCCUAUUAGCAGGUGCUGAAGAGUGAAUACUGAACAGUAUAAUUUGCAUAGUUUGCACAGACUGGGAGGAGUCAGUGGAUGAGUGAGCUCCCUGAACAAAUGGGAAAAUAAUGUGAAUGCUUGAACAGAAAGAGACCUCAUAUUAUUUUAUAUAGUCCUCGUUUACAGACAGAAGAAGUGACUAUGUAGGAAAUUGAGUGUCUUUAGGUUUUUAAAUCUGAAACACCAAGUUUUGAAUGAACCAGUUGAUAGCUGCUUCAUUUGCUUGUUCAGUUUUUAAGGUGUAAUUUUACAGAAUCCUGAAAGGAGCAAGAAUUGUUGUUGUGAUUUCAAUGAGCAAGUAUUUCAAAGGAAUCUGUGUGUUCAGAUCAUCGCCUUGUGAAGUAACAUACCCUUCCUUCAGAGUAAGCCUUUAAUCUGAUAAAGGAAGAGGUAAUUUUGGUCCCUUCUGCACCAAGUUCCUUGGGAUCAACAGUAUGCCUUUUUCCUGCGACAACAUUUCACGAACUUUCCAUUUAAGUUCUGAGCAGGUUCUACCCACAUCGCUCCUACACAAGAUUCUGUAGUUUUGAGCAGAUGAGACACAUUUUUUCCUUUGGCCAUAUCCUAUUAAAGCCAUAGUAAAGAAGAAUCCUUCAUUCAUCCAAAAGGCUGCCUCAGAGUACAUACCAAAUUAGACUUUCAGAUUGCUCUAAACAACACUACAACAUGUCAACAAUGACCCUAGCUCCUGUCUGUCAUUAAAAAUUAUGUACACUAUCUAGCUGCCUUUUACCCUAAACUGAAUCUUGCAAUGAUGGUGGUGAGUAAGCAACAAAAGAAGGCUUUCAUCAGAAUAUCAAUCUCAGGAGCAACUUUUUGCUCACCACCCUUUGUUCUAGGUGUUAUUCUGAUUUUUUUUUAAUGUUCAGAUGACCCUUUCUCGCUUCUCUGGGUAAAGUGCCAACACAUCCACCAGUAUGCUGGAGUUGUGAUGAGAUUUUGUAUACUAUGCGUAUUCCUUCUGUAUCUCCCAAGGAGAAAAAAUGAAAAAGGAAGUUUAAAUAGAUGGUCUUCUCAGAAAGCAAAGGCAAAACAAAACAAAAAAAGCAUAGGAUCUUUGGUUUGAUUCACAUUUUUAUCAAAUGACAAUGCUGAAAAAAAACUGACUGAUUGGAUAAAAUGAUUUAGUAAUAAUAAUUUCUUUUUUGGGGGACUCUAAAUUUAAUUUUUGCACAGGGUCCAAAUCUGCCAAUCUUUCCUGAUUUAUACACACUUUGGCUGUAUGUUUAUUAUUACUUGCUAUCACGUUAGCCCCAGCAUUGGCAAACAUACAGUUUUAAUUUUUUCAGAGGUUAUGACCUGCAGAGUGAACACCCAGACAUGAAUAUUCAAACUACAUCCAAAUAUGUGAAAAGCUAGAAGAUCUAGAACAGUGCUUCCCAACAUUUCAUCCUUCAGGUGUUUUGGCCUUCAACUCCCACAAUUCCUAACAGCUCGUAAGAAUGCUGGGAUUUCUGGGAGUUGAAGUCCAAAACAUCUGGAGGACCAAACGUUGGGAAGCACUGGUAUAGAAAAUAACACUUUGGUAAUAACUAAAGGAUUGUUUCUAUGACAGAAAAAAAUAUUUGUACAGUUAUGUAACAAUUCCUGGAACUUGUGAAAUAAAUCUAUGCCAUAAUUUUU